AGAAAGAGGAGCAAUAAACCCAAACUAGCCCAGCUCCGGUCGAAGCGGGUGGGCUGACGACCCCCCUCCUUCUCCUCCUCUUCUUUCUCCACCACCACCUCCUCCAUCUCCACCAUGGGCGGGUCCGCCUCCAGCCAGCUGGACGACAGCAAAUGCACAUACAUCCGAGGGAAAACAGAGGCUGUGAUCAAAAACUUCAGCCCACACUACAGUCGCCAGUACGCCGUGGCUUUCUGCAAUCAUGUCCGCAAUGAAGUGGAACAACAAAGAGAUUUACGGUCACAAUUCUUGAAAAGCAAGCCUCCUUUGGCAUUGGGGGCCAUCUUGUAUGAAGCAGAAGUAUCCCAUUUUGCUGAAGAUGUAAAGAAAUGGAAGGACAGGUACAUUGUGGUCAAAAAUGAUUUUGCAGUGGAGAACUACGAGAACAAAGAGGCCUUCCAGAAGGGAGCCAGUCCUAAAAGCCGAGUUCUCCCUGCCGGUGGCAAGGUGCUGACAUCAGAAGAAGAAUACAGUUUAUUAUCUGACAAGCAUUUCCCUGACCCUAUUGCUUCCAGUGAGAAGGAGAAUGCUCAGCCCUUAGUCAUCCUGCCAAAAGAAUUCCCCGUGUACAUAUGGCAGCCCUACCUCAAGCACCUCUACUAUUGUUUCCCAGAUCCAGAAGCCCAGAAGCGGUUUAGUACACUGUUGAAUGAUUGCAUCCGACACCUCAAUCACGAUUUCCUGAAGCAGACGACAUUUGAAGCUCAAGCAUUUCUAGAGGCUGUCCAGUUCUUCCGGCAGGAGAAGGGUCACUAUGGAUCAUGGGAAAUGAUUACCGGGAAUGAAGUUCAGAUCUUGAGCAACCUUGUGAUGGAAGAACUGCUGCCCACCCUUCAGACUGACCUUCUACCUAAAAUGAAAGGAAAGAAGAAUGACAGAAAGAGGGCCUGGUUCGGGAUUGUAGAAGAAACCUACAACUUGGUUCAGGAUCAAGUUUCAGAAGGAUUAAGUGCCUUGAAAGGGGAAUGCGAAACUCUGACAAAGGACCUGGAAGGAACUGUCCGUUCAGACAUGGAUCAGAUCGUGAACUCAAAGGACUUCUUAGCUGGAAAAAUCAAAGCUGUCGUAGCUGAACCCGCAGAAAAGAACUGCAGCGAGAGCAUCCAGCCUUUCUUGGCUUCCAUAUUAGAGGAACUCAUGGGGCCAGUGAGCUCUGGGUUCAGUGAAGUCCGAUCGCUCUUUGAAAAAGAGGUGGAUGAGAUCAGCCACAGUUUCCAAGCAACUCAGGAUUCUGCCCAGCUAAAGGAGCGUUUGGACCAGUUGAGUGAUCUUCCCUUAAACUCUACCAAGAUGGAACCUUGCUAUCUGAAAGUCAACCUGCUCCAAGAACAACUCCAGGACCUCAAAAGUCGUUUCAAAUUCCCACACAUUGAUUUAGUCAUUCAGAGGACCCAAAACUUCAUGCAGGAGCUCAUGGAAAAUGCAGUGUACACAUUUGGCCAGUUAUUAUCUCUGCACCGCCAAGGGGAUGCUUCCAAAACGGCAGCAGCUAUAGAAAAAGUCAAGCUGCGAGUUCUGAAGCAAUAUGAUUAUGACAGCAGUACUAUACGAAAGAAGAUAUUUCAGGAAGCAUUGAUUCAGAUCACACUGCCCACCAUGCAGAAGGCUUUGGCUUCAACAUGCAAACCGGAGUUGCAGAAAUUCGAGCAGUUCAUCUUUGCAGACCACACCUCUGUGAUACAAGUUGAAAACGUCUAUGAGGAGAUUUUACACCAGACCCUCCUGGAUGAAACAGUGAAAGUGAUAAAGGAAGCUGCCAUACUGAAGAAGCACAACCUAUUUGAGGACAACCUGGCUUUGCCUUGUGAGAGCGUGUCCAGCCUAACUGACCUGAAAACCCCCUCGGGAUCAAACCAGGCCAGCCCUGUCAGAAGAUCGUCUGCCAUCUUGCCCGUUGUUUCAGAUAAUGAAAUACCAAGUAACGAGGUGUUCAUUGAGCAAGAGAAGAGUCCAGAGGUCCCAGAGAUCCCAGAGCCAUCAGUCAAAGAUGAAAGCCUUUCCACCCUGGUGCCCUUUUCUUCCACCAGUUUUGCUGAGCAAGAGGUUGUUGCUAGCAUCAGUGACCCAGUGGAGUCAUCCCCUUUGGUUCUUGUGGCAGAGGAAGGAAAGGAAGAUUCUUUGAGUAGAAAUGCUUCAGAAAUAGAGUCUGGACAGAUCCAAGAACAGAAAAGUAAGGUCCAGGAAAGGCAGAGCACUCCUCCUCCAGAUUGCUUGAAUGAAAUCAGAGACUUGUUGACAGUCACCAUUGAAGUGCCCACAGAGGCCGUGCAGGAGAACCAAGAGGAAACUAGUAAAAAAGAUGGCAUCUUUGAGGAUCAAGAAAAUGAGCUGGGAAAAGAAGAGAACGAUCCAAUUAACACAGAGUCCGAUCAGGACGGCCAGAAUUGCAGUGAGAUUCACGAGGAGCAAUGUUCUCUAUCCGCUUUAGAGAUGGAAAGUGUGGAUAUGAUAAAUUUUAAAGAGGCGGGUGACCUUGUCCCCUGUCCAGAUGGUGAGGGGGUCUGUCAGGAAGGGGGUGCCCAACAAGGAGAAAAGGAAGAGUCUAAGGACAACAGCAGUGCAUGGAAGCCUGAAGAGGAACUCUGCAGUAGCCCAGAGAAGGAUCAACCCCAGGAGGAAGAACCUGCUGAGAGCAGACUAGAUACGUGUGCUUCCAAGUCAGAAGAGGCUGGAGCGAGCCAGUUCGAGGCUGACCAGUCCAAAGUAGAGGAGGGUCUAUCCUGCUGUGUCCUUGAGGACACUUGCAAAACCCAAGAACAAUCCAUUUUGAGUCAAAUAGAGGAGGGUCUAUCCUGCUGUGUCCUUGAGGACACUUGCAAAACCCAAGAACAAUCCAUUUUGAGUCAUGUAGAGGAGGUUCUUGUUUCUCCAGGGCCAAAGGAAGAAGUGUCCACCACCCACCUUUUAGCCGACCUGGGACCUGAAGGGCUCAGUGACUCCAGUGGUGGCAAGUGUCUUCACGCAGGAGAAACAGCUUCGACUACUGAAACCAGAAACUUGCCAGAAGAAAAUGAUGCAAGAGAAAGCCAAGAGAGCUGGGGAGAGGAACAUUCCUUGCAAUAAAAAGGGCUAUUCACAAAUACAGUUUCUCCCAGAAAUUAAGCAAGGGGCUAUUAGGGGACUCAUUAGAAUUUGCAUGUAACUUGUGACAAGAAAAAUCAUGAAUAUCUUAACCGCAUAGUGAAACCAAAGGAAAAAACCCCACUGCACUAGCUCAGUAGAAAAAGUGCCUAUUGCUUUGGAAUUUUAAUAGGAAUUUAAAAGACAAAGGAAUGUCCUAAUUUGGAGAGGAGCUUGGGAAGGGAGAGAUGCUAUAUUUAUAACUGGGAAAACACUGGGAACAGGUUUCUCAUUCCCACUGGCAUGUUCAGGUGGCCCAGCCUGCUGGAGCACUUUAGAGAUGUUUUUGUAAGGGAUCAAGGCAAAUGUUUACAGUUACUCCAGCUCUAACUGUUCAGUAGGCUACCCAUGCCUAUUGAACUAUUUCCUCUGGACUUACCAUACAUCCCCUGCUGGCUUCCAUCAGAUAAUAGGGUGGUGAACACCCACCACUGUGGAUGAGAGUGAUCACAACAGAGAAAUGAAGUGUCUCCACAACUUAAUCAUGCCACAGGUGCACUGGUCUUGAGAACAGACAAAAGGAAUUGAAGAAGGGCUAGCCCAGCCUAUCUCCACAUGGACGGGCAGAUUGGAGUAUCACCGCAUUAGCUACGAGCUGCCCACUCUCAUCACUCUCUAUCACCACUUGAUUGUGCUUUGGAAAGUUUAGGUUUGACAAGAAAAUUUCACUUCAAAAAACUCAUCAUGAAAUCAUUCCUGGAUUAUUUUUAAGCUAGGCAGUAAAAGUCUUGGCUAGAUUAUUUGGAUGGAAGACUCAAUGCAUAGGAAGCUUCAGGAGAAAUGAACUCCAGAAAUCAUUUGUCAACCCAUGGCAAAUUUUCAUUUUUAUAUCUAUUUCUGCAGCUAACAUUGCCUAGUGCAUUCUUGAGAACUAACAUAUAUGGAGAUAAGCCUAAAAUAUCAACCAGCAAAUUUCAACAUGGAAACCAUAUGUACAUAAUAAACUGUGGGCAGAAUCCUCAAGUGAUAUAUAGAUAUGUAUUUAUAUCUAUAGAUAUAGGUAGAUAUACACAUUUUUUGCUGGCGGAUGGGGAGAAGUGGCCAGAUUUUCAUCUUAAAGCAACUGGACGUCCACCAGUUUGGUAGAGAGCCUACUCUGUGAUUGAUCAAUCUCACUGAGCAGAAAGGUAUUGUUCUGAAAUUUCCUGGGCUUCUGCAUCUGGAGGCAGAAGAGUUAUCUCUGUCUAAAGAAUUGCAGCCGUUUCCCACUUAGAAGAAGAUUUAUCUGGGUUUGCCGAGCCAUUUGUUCAGAUUCAGAGAGAGAGAGGUAGAAACCUGAUCUGAGCACAGCUCUUGGCCUUGGGUAGUACUGGGUGUGACUUACUCCGUUGGCUAGCGGGGAUUGUCCAUGCUGGGCACCCGGGAUUGUUUAGCUAGAUUCCCAAGUCCUUGAUGGGCUGAGCCACCUGAGAUGGGUUGAAGAUAGCUAAACCGCCCUCCGGGCAGGAAUGCCGAUCCUGCCUCUCAGGGCCAGUCCAGGAAAAUCUUCCCUGCAGUGGGUAGAGUGGGGAAAUUUUAGCUUGAGCCCAUCUUUCAGAUUAUACGGGCCACUGCACACUAAAUACCUUGGUACCACUAUGGAAAACUAAGAGGUUUCCCCACCACCCCGUAAGGAAUGCACAAGACAGUGUCUAGAAAUCAUGUGCAGUCAACUCAUCAACCCCUACAAAAGUCAAAGGGGGGGAACCAUGUAGAACAAGCAUGGAAAAUUAUGACCAUUAUGUCUCUGUACAUGUAUAUGGCAGCACAGGAGUUCUGUAACACGUGUGGGACGAUUGUUCUCUUUUGACAUGAAAUAGGAUGCAAAUAUGCAUUUUAUAUAUAUUUUUAUUUUAUUAUUUUACAUGGAAGAUUAUUCACAUCAUUAUGAGUAUGUCCUUUGCUUUUAAUAAGGGCUUCCAGUUAUUUCUUUUGUCAUUUCCACUAUUAUUAUGAAUCUCAUUAUUAUUGAGCAUCCCAUUAAAAUGCAUGAAUGCUAUACUUGGGGCCUUUAUAUUAUUUGUGCUAGAAAUAUAUAAUUUGCAACUCUUGUUUCUUGCCAUAACGAAUCACCAUUAUAUAUAAACCCUUGGUAAGCACGCUGAUUUCCACCUAGUUGCACUGCUCUUGACCUUCAACAGAGAAACACACCCAUUUACUCAAAUGAUAUAAUUGUCUUUUUUUGGAUCUGCCAUUCCUUUUUCACAAUUUCCAACAACAUUAAGGAUGAGCUUCUUCGCCAUGCUGAUGGAGCAAUCAUUUCAUUUCUCACAGAAGUGGUGUGAGCCCAUCCUGGCAAGCAUUCACUGAAUCAAUUUGAUAAAAACAAAAAAAACAGUGUCCUAGAGGCAUAGUUUCCCUCAUGCUUUAGUGAUUUUAUGGUAAGCUACAAUGUUUGGGACCAUUCCUUUUGAGUGCUAAGGCUUUUCUUUGUUUGGUCCCUGACUAUCAUCACAUUCCACAGAUUAUAUUCUCCCUGGUUAUCACAGAGUGAAUAGAACACAUUGUAAUCCAAUUUAUAAAGUGCUUAUAUUCUAAUAAAAGAUUGGGUCAUCAUUAAGAGUU